AUGUCGGAAGUUCAGCAGGAAAAGAAGGUGACCAAGCACCGCGACAUCGAUGAGGAGCACGGCGAGAGCGGCCCCAAGCAUGCUCUCGUUGACAUGAGCACCAUCGAGCUCAAGGCCGAGGACCUCUACGACAAGAGCAAGGUCGACAUUGAGGCCAUCGAGCUCGAGGAUGUCUGGACCCUCCUCCAGUGCAACGAGGGUGGCCUCACCGAGGAGGAGUGCACUCGCCGCCGCGGCAUCUUCGGUCCCAACAAGAUUGAGACCGAGGAGCCCAACCCCAUCCUCCAGUUCCUCUCCUUCAUGUGGAACCCCCUCUCCUGGGUCAUGGAGGGUGCCGCCAUUGUCGCCAUCGCCCUCUCCAACGGUGAGGGCAAGGCCCCUGACUGGCCAGACUUCGUCGGUAUCGUCCUCCUUCUGCUCAUCAACUCCACCAUCGGUUACAUCGAGGAGCGCAACGCCGGUAACGCCGUCAAGGCGCUCAUGGACUCGCUCGCCCCCAAGGCCCGCUGCAAGCGUGACGGCAAGUGGAUCGAGAUCGAGUCCUCGGACCUCGUGCCCGGUGAUGUCGUCGCCUUCAAGAUCGGUGACAUCGUCCCCGGUGACUGCCGUCUCUUCGACGCCAUCAACGUUUCGUGCGACCAGGCUUCGCUCACCGGUGAAUCGCUCCCCGUCAGCAAGAAGGUCGGCGACCAGUGCUUCUCCGGUUCCAUCUGCAAGCAGGGUGAGGCCGAGGGUGUUGUCAUCUCCACCGGUCCCAACACCUUCUUCGGUCGUGCCGCUACCCUCAUUGGCUCCGACGACGACACCACCGGUCACCUGCAGCAGGUUCUUUCCCGCAUCGGUCUGUUCUGCAUGGUCACCAUUGGUCUGUUCAUCGUCCUCGAGAUCCUCAUCCUCUACGCCGGCUUCCGCUACAAGUACCGCCGUGGUAUCGACAACAUCCUGGUGCUCUUGAUCGGUGGUAUCCCCAUCGCCAUGCCCUGUGUUCUGUCCGUUACCCUCGCCGUCGGUGCUCAGCAGCUCGCCAAGCACAAGGCUAUCGUCACCCGCAUCACCGCCAUCGAGGAGCUUGCUGGUGUCGACAUCCUCUGCUCUGACAAGACCGGUACCCUCACCACCAACAAGCUCACCAUCGACACCGAGCUCGUCAAGCUCUACUCGGACUGGGCCGGUGUCGAGGACGUCAUCCGCUUCGCCGCCUACGCUUCGCGUACCGAGAACCAGGACGCCAUCGACGCCACCAUCGUCGGCACCCUCAAGGACCCUGCUGAGGCUCGCACCGGCAUCAAGCUGCUCGACUUCAAGCCCUUCAACCCCGUCGACAAGCGCACCGAGAUCACCUACCUCGAGGAGGCCACCGGCAAGAUGAAGCGUGUCACCAAGGGUAUGACUUCGAUCAUCAUCGACCUCUGCAAGCGCAACAAAACCGAGGACCAGGAGAACCGCCUCGAGGCCGACGUCGAGGAGUUCGCCAACCGUGGUCUGCGUGGUCUCGCUGUCGCUUUCGAGGAGGUUCCCUCCGGUGAGGUCGAGGCUGAGGGCAACGGUUUCGAGCUGCUUGGUCUGCUUGCCAUCUUCGACCCUCCCCGCCACGACACCAAGGAGACCCUCGACAACGCUCAGGCCCUCGGUGUGCGCGUCAAGAUGGUCACUGGUGACCAGCUCGCUAUCGCCAAGGAGACCGGUCGCCGUCUUGGUCUUGGUGACCGCAUGUUCAACUCCAAGGUUCUCGUCGAUGGUGUCCUCCCCCCUGGCAGCCCUUACAAGUCGCUCGACGAGAUGAUCCUCGACGUCGAUGGUUUCGCCGGUGUCUUCCCCGAGCACAAGUACGAGAUUGUCAAGCGUCUCCAGGGUCUUGGUCACCUUACUGCCAUGACUGGUGACGGUGCCAACGAUGCUCCUGCCCUUGCCCGUGCCAACGUCGGUGUUGCCGUCGAGGGUGCUACCGAUGCCGCCCGUGGUGCCGCCGACAUUGUGCUCACCGAGCCCGGUCUCUCCACCAUCGUCGAGGCUAUUCGCCAGUCGCGUAUCAUCUUCGGCCGUAUGAAGAACUACGCCGCUUACGCUGCUGCCAUCACCAUCCGUGUCGUCGUCGGUUUCGCUCUGCUCGCCUUCAUCUGGAAGUCGGACUUCCCUCCCUUCAUGGUUCUGAUCAUCGCCUUCCUCAACGACGGUUCCAUCAUGACCCUGUCGCUCGACACUGUCAAGCCCGCCCUCGAGCCCCAGCACUGGGACCUUACCGAGCUCUUCUUCUGCGGCUCGCUCUACGGUCUGUACCAGGUCGCUUCCACUCUUGCGCUCUUCGCUGUCAUCUACGAGACCACCUUCUUCGAGGACAAGUUCGGCGUCACGCCCCUGCACGGCGACCCCAACGACCCUCGUCUGCACAUGAUCAUGUACCUCCAGGUCGCCAUCCUCGCCCAGGCCCUCAUCUUCGUCACCCGUUCCCACGGCUUCUCGUGGAUGGAGCGCCCCUCGUUCGCUCUCAUGGGCGCCUUCUGCCUUGCCCAGCUCAUCUCGUCGAUCAUCGCCGCUUACGGUAACUGGGGCUUCACCAACGUCCGCGCCAUCGAGGGCGGCUGGAUCGGCAUCGUCUGGGUCUGGAACAUCAUCUGGUACAUCCCCAUGGACCUGGUCAAGUUCUUCGCCAAGUUCCUCCUCCGCAACAUCCGCUCCAAGAAGUCGCCCGCUGCGGCCCACGAGAGCCUCAGCCGCACCACGUCGCGCGCCGACAGCAUGUACUCGAACCGUACUUCGUUCCUCAAGCGUGCCCAGCGCAAGGUCGGCUUCGGUGGCGAGAAGAAGAUCCACAUGUCGAGCACCGAGCUCCAGCGUCUUGGCAGCAUCCAGGCCCAGGAGGCCUCGCGCCGUCUCUCCAAGACCCAGUAA